AUGUCCUUCACACACGCGCCCGUGACCCGGCUUGCGGUCAUGGGUCUCGUCGCGGGCUCCAUCCUGGCCAGCAUCCUCGACGUCAAGCACUACUUCUACAUCCUCAUCGACACCCACAUCUGGCGCUACCGGCAGUUCUGGCGGCUGAUGACCUACCAGCUGUGCUAUGCCAACUCGUCCGAGGUGCUCUUUGCUGCCAUGACCAUCUACAACUUGCGCAUCAUCGAGCGCAUGUGGGGUUCUCGCAAGUUUGCUUCUUUCCUCAUUGUCUCAUAUCUCCUCACCGCCAGUCUCCCCCCGCUUGUCAUGGUUGUCCUGCGGCCUCUGACUGCUGGAUGGUUCAACUACAUGCCGGCAGGUCCGACUCCCAUCAUCUUUGCGAUGCUGGCGCAGUACCACGCCAUGGUGCCGCACAUGUACAAGUACCGCGUUGCCACGUCCGAGGCACCGCCAACAAACGAGCCAUUUGUCGGGCUGACCUUCUCGGACAAGUCUUACAAGUAUGCCAUCGCCGUCCACCUAGCGCUGCUACAGUGGCCGGGCUCGCUACUGGGGGCCGUCAUUGGCUGGGUGGUGGGAUACUCGUGGCGGGAGGGACUCCUGCCGGCAGCGUUGGUACGCUGGCGAGUGCCGGGCUGGGUGGUGGGGCUGAGCGCACAGAGGCGCAGCGCCGAGUUCGAGGGACUGAGGCGGCGACUCGAGGGAGAGAGCUCGGCCGUGACGACGGGCGCGCAGGGAGCCCAAGGCGCGGGUGAUGGACAAGCUGAGCGGAGGAGGACCAUGGGGCAGCAGAUUUACGACCAGAUGCGAGAGGUGCUCUAG